CAACGGGCACGACCCGGCUGCGUGCCGGACGCCCGCGGGGUGCGUGCGCACCAGGCCGCCGCCACCAGCCCGAUCCCCAGAAGCCGAGGGACUUUCUCGCUCAAAGCUUCGAAAAACGGGCCACCGCCCCCAUCCGCUCGUCCUCCCGUCCACAGUCCACACCACGCCACCCGGGCAGCUGCACGCCUGCUGCACUGCCCCCCAUCACCGCGCCGCCACCGCCGCGCUUCCGAGGUUGCCGCCGUCACCGGCAGAGGCGCCGGAAGCCGCAAAGCCCGCUUUUUCCGGGCCCGCACGCCGCGCCCGUCGUCCGCGGCGCGCGCGCAUGGACCCGUCCGCGGCGAAGGGCAAUGCGGCGGACCACGUCCUCCUCAUCCCGCCCGACCGGCCCCCGACGCCGCCGCGCGCGUCGAGCGGCAGCCAGCAGCCGAACCCCGCCGCCGCGGAGGGCCCCAAGCCCUCGCAGAACCCCGAGAAGCCGCUGCCGCCGGUCUCGAGCCCCGCGCGCCCGCCGCUGCCGCCCGCGCUCCUCCGCCGCCGCUCCUCCAUCGGCCGGCCCAAGUCCCGCUUCGCCGAGCCGCCCACGCCGCCGCACCCGGACUCCGCCCACCCCUCCCCCGUCCACCCGGCCGCCGCCACCGCCGCCCCCGCCUCGCAGGCCGCCACCGCCGCCCCCGCCUCGCAGGCCGCCACCCCGACCCACCGCGUCGCCGCGGCGGGCGUCUCCACCCCGCACACCCCCGCGGAGGCCGACGACGACGAGGACCUGUUCCGAAACCGGGACGGCUCCCGCACGCGGGCCGCCGCGGCGCGCUUCCGCCGCCGGGCGCGCAUCGGGCUCGAGCUCUCCGUGCUCGUCCUCUUCCUCGCGCUGCUCGUCGUCAGCGUCGUCGUGCGGCCCCUGCGGGGGCGCGUCCUCUGGGGGCUCGAGAUCUGGAAGUGGUGCGUCAUGGUCACCGCCGUCUUCUCCGGCCACCUCCUCAGCCAGUGGCUCGUCACGCUCAUCGUCUUCGGCGUCGAGCGCAACUUCCUGCUGCGCACCAAGGUGCUCUACUUCGUCUUCGGGCUCAAGAAGAGCUUCCAGGUCUGCCUCUGGCUCGGCCUCGUGCUCAUCGCCUGGUCGCAGCUCUUCGACCAAGGGGCCGGCCGCUCGCCCAAGACCGCCAGGAUCCUCAACAACGUCUCCAUGUUCCUCGCCUCCGUCCUCAUCGGCUCCGUCAUCUGGCUCGUCAAGACCUUCCUUAUGAAGUUGAUCGCCUCAACGUUCCACCGCAAGACCUUCUUCGAUCGGAUCCAGGAGAGCGUCUUCCACCAGUACGUGCUGCAGACGCUGUCGGGCCCGCCGCUGAUGCAGCUGGCCGAGAAUGUGGGCCGGGAGGGAAGUGGGCUUGGGCGGGUCAGCUUCAGCACGGCCAAGGAGGAGAAAGAUAAAGGUGUGCCCAAGGUGAUUGAUGUCGUCAAGCUCAGGAGGAUGACCCCGGAGAAGGUGUCAGCAUGGACGAUGAGAGUGCUCAUCACAGCAAUCCGAAGUUCUAGGCUGUCAACCAUAUCUAAUACUAUCGAGAGCUUUGAUGAUGUUGAUGGCAUGUCCAAGGAUAAAGAGAUAAAUAGCGAGUGGGAGGCGAAGGCGGCGGCAUAUACCAUAUUCAAGAACGUCGCAAGGCCCGGCUAUAAGCACAUUGAAGAGGUGGAUCUGCUGAGAUUUCUCACCAAGGAGGAGGUGGACCUGGUGAUCCCACUGUUUGAGGGAGCACCAGAGACGGGAAAGAUAAAAAAGUCUGCUCUGAAGAAUUGGGUGGUCAAAGCAUACCUCGAUCGCAAAUCACUAGCACAUUCUCUGAAUGACACAAAAACUGCAGUUAUGCAACUUCACAACCUCAUCAGUGUUAUAGUCGUCAUUAUAAUCAUCAUCAUCACACUACUGUUGAUGGGCAUUGCGACAACCAAAAUCCUUCUUGUCAUCUCGUCUCAACUUCUAGUAGUGGGAUUCAUAUUUGGGAAUUCCUGCAAGACUGUAUUUGAGGCCCUUAUAUUUGUAUUCAUCAUGCAUCCGUUUGAUGUUGGUGACCGCUGUGUUGUUGAUGGAACACAGAUGACUGUUGAAGAAAUGAAUAUAUUGACUACUGUUUUCUUGAAGAAUGACAAUGAGAAAGUAUAUUAUCCAAACUCUGUACUGUCCACAAAGGCAAUCAGCAACUUUUACCGAAGCCCUAACAUGUAUGACACAGUUGAUUUUGCUAUUGAUGUCUCGACUUCAAUUGAGAGCAUUGGAACUCUGAAGUCCAAAAUCAAAGGGUACUUGGAGAGCAAACCAACACACUGGCACCCUGUCCACACGGUAAACCUGCAGGACAUCCUUGAUGUGAACAAGAUCAACAUGUCUCUGUCCGUCCAGCACACAAUGAACUUCCAAAACAUCAGGGAGAAGAACCUCAGGAGGUCCGAGCUUGUCAUGGAGCUAAAGAGAAUAUUCGAGGAGAUGUCCAUCCGGUACCACCUUCUUCCUCAGAAAGUUGAGCUCACCUAUGUCGGCCCAAACCCAUUGCCCAUGGCUGUUGCUCAUACAAGAUAGAAGAUCGGGAGCUGUUAUACUGACAACUGAUGACCGAUUUCAUGGUCUCAUGGGGUCUGACAAUGGUCACCAAGUUCCUGGGCUGAUGGGAUCAGAACCGAGGAGCCCCCCGAUACACCACUUGCGUAAGUUCUGAGUUCUGACAAAGCAGGGAUAAUUAUCUGUGUACUCUGUACUCAAGUUCUUCAAACUAUGUGCUUGUUGGACAGAUUGGGGGUGCAAAUUAGUGACUCUUUGGUUCAAAAUUUUAUACUAAUUUUCUAAAAUGAGAUCUGAUUUUGGAGUAGUAUAAAAUUUUGAACUAAAGAGGGUUGGAGGUACACCUAAGGAUCACUAAUUGACACCUCUAGAACAGAUCAUGCUAUAAUUUGUGCUAGAUAACGAAUCUGUAAAAGCUGUGAAUGUGUGGUGCUGGUGAUCGAUGAUUUGGGCCUGGCUCUAUUCGGCCCACAGUUUUUCUGGGCAA